AUGCACAGCACCCACCCUGGGCCGCCGUCGUCCAGUCCUUUGAGCAACAGCGGCAAAAAACCACCCACGGGCCUGACCUGCGUCGUUUGCGGCGACACCAGCUCGGGAAAGCACUACGGAAUCCUCGCCUGCAACGGGUGCUCCGGAUUCUUCAAGAGAUCCGUUAGAAGGAGACUUAUUUACAGAUGUCAGGCCGGGACAGGUCGGUGCAUCGUCGACAAGGCGCACAGGAACCAAUGCCAGGCGUGCAGACUCAAGAAGUGCCUUGAGAUGGGCAUGAACAAGGACGAUGUGCGCGACAGCCAUCACUUGUUCGCCGCCGUAGCCCCCUUUGACCUCCGGAGGAGCUCGCCCACGCUGUCGUCGUCCUGGCGACGACACUGCCGCAAGAUUCCAGCUGUCCAAAACGAGAGGCAACCACGAAACACUGCAACGAUCAGACCUGAAGCUUUGAUGGAAAUGGAACAGGGUCGUGCUCUCAGAGAAGCUGCUGUAGCCGUCGGUGUUUUUGGGCCACCUGUCAAUGGGCCUCUUGGCAUGGCUCUUGGUCCUCCACGUUACCCUCCCACAAUGCUGGCACCCAUGCCCGAAAACUCUUCGUCCUCAAAACCAGAUAACAUGGAUGACGAGGACAGCAUCGACGUAACAAAUGAAGAGUCUUCGCCGACACCCCCGCGCUCGCUGCCCCCAAUGCCCAUUCCGCCUCCGGUAGGCUCUUUGGCCGCCCUGGCCGGUGGGUUGGCUCAGUUGCCGCGACCUGGGGACGCUGCCCCAAUUUAUCCUCCAGCAGCUCAGGAGACCGUUUAUGAGACGUCAGCUCGGCUGCUCUUCAUGGCCGUCAAGUGGGCAAAAAAUCUGCCCAGCUUCGCCAGCCUGCCCUUCAGGGAUCAGGUAAUCUUGCUGGAAGAGUCUUGGUCGGAGUUAUUCCUCUUGAACGCAAUCCAGUGGUGUCUACCCUUGGAGCAGUGCGCCCUUUUCUCCGUGUCCGAACACACGCAGUCGGCGCCGAACGGCAAAGCUGGCCAGAUCGCCGCCGACAUCAGGGUGAUGAACGAUUGUCUGCACAGAUACAAGGCGGUCGGCGUCGACCCUGCUGAGUUUGCUUGCAUGAAGGCCAUUGUCCUCUUCAGAGCUGAAACGCGAGGGUUGAAGGACCCAAGCCAAGUUGAAAAUCUACAAGACCAGGCGCAGGUGAUGCUGGGCCAACACACAAGGGCCCAACACCCAGCCCAGCCGGCCCGUUUCGGCCGCCUGCUCCUCAUGCUGCCCCUCUUGCGUCACGUGGCCACCACCAGGGUCGAGCACAUCUUUUUCCAGAAGACCAUCGGCAACACGCCGAUGGAGAAAGUGCUGUGCGACAUGUACAAGAACUAAAAGGACGAACUAGAGCCGCAUGUUAUUUAACAAGGAAGGGACGUUAUUGUGUUAGCAAAUUUAGUAAUUGCACCUCCGAUUAUAACAUAAUUAAUUAAAUUAAGAAUAAUUUAUGAUGCGUAAUGCGGUAAAGGAAAAUAUUAUUGGAUGAGGUGAAUGUUCAAUAUUGUUCCAGUCUCAAAAAUUAUAAAAUAAAUCGAUUUAUUGAAUGUGUGUAGUAUUAGAAAUCGAUCUCAAGUAUUUGUAAUUAAUUAGGAUGGGCCUAAUUAGAAAUUUGCACAAUUACUACUGCAGAAAUAUUUAGUUGGCCUAAAUGUUCAAGUAGAAUA